CGGGGGCGGAGCCAAGCGCGCACGGCGCUGGCCACGCCCCCCGCGUGGGAGGAGAAGGCAGGGUCGCGCAAGCGCGCGGGACUUCCGUCGCCGCACGAGGAGCGUCACCUAGCUGAAAUUGGCAGCCGGCUACAGUCAUGCUUCGACGCGAGGUCCGCCUGCGCCGCGAGUAUUUGUACCGCAAGGCCCAGGAGCAGAAGCAGCAUCUUCUGGAGGAGAAGAAGCUGAGGCUGAAGAGGGCUCUUGAAGACAAUCAGCCCAUCCCGACCGAACUUCGCCGGGAAGCUCUGACUCUGCAAGGAGCAUUGGAGUUUGAUGAUGCCGGAGGUGAAGGUGUCUUGAAUCACCAAGAUGAUGAGUACCGAUGGGCAGGUGUAGAAGACCCCAGAAUCAUGAUCACCACAUCUCGAGAUCCCAGCUCCCGCCUCAAGAUGUUUGCCAAGGAGCUGAAGCUGAUAUUUCCUGGCGCUCAGAGAAUGAACCGAGGUCGACAUGAAAUGGGAGCUCUUGUCCGUGCUUGUAAAGCCAAUGGAGUCACAGAUCUCCUGCUGGUACAUGAGCACCGAGGGACGCCAGUGGGCCUUAUCGUGAGCCACCUGCCCUUUGGGCCUACAGCAUACUUCACACUGUGUAAUGUGGUGAUGCGGCAUGAUGUUCCUGACCUUGGCACUGCCUCAGAAGCCCUUCCCCACCUUAUCUUUCACGGUUUCUCUUCCCGCCUUGGACAAAGAGUCUCAAAUAUCCUCCGACACCUCUUCCCUGUACCCAAGGAUGAUAGCCACCGUGUUAUUACCUUUGCCAACCAGGAUGACUACAUUUCUUUUCGUCAUCAUGUGUACCGGAAGCCAGAUCAUAGCACAGUGGAGCUGACGGAGGUGGGGCCAAGAUUUGAGAUGAAAUUGUAUAUGAUCCGCUUGGGUACACUUGAGCAAGAAGCCACAGCAGAUGUGGAGUGGCGCUGGCACCCAUAUACCCACACAGCCCGAAAGAAGACCUUCCUCAGUGUCUAGCAGGCCCUUGGGACCACCAAGCAAGACAAGACUUCAAGAAACCAGCCUUGAUUGUUGUCAUUAAAGUUCCCUCCUCUCCUGUACCUCUCUGUGUUUCUGGGGCCUUGUGCUCAGGGCACCAUGGGGAUAUAAGUAUUACAAUUAGCUGGUGCCAAAGGCUUUUGGAUUGACUAUGGAGGACACUGAAAAUUCUUCUCUGGCAUCCUUUGGCCUGGAUACAGGCAGGGGUUCUCUGAACGGAACAGAAGCCAGGGGAAAUUGGCACCGAGUCAGGGACAUCCAAGGAACCAUUCUCUUUGGAACCUAGCUGUUCACAGGGUCAGAGAUGGAUGGAAGCUAGGGAGUUGGCCUGCGUACAGGAAUCCAGGCCAUAAUCAAGAAAUAUCUUUCGGGUCAGGGUUGGAUUUGGGGGAGCUGGGCCCUAUGUGGGACAAUGCCACAUGCCUUACAGCCUGGGGGAACAGAUAGUGAGGUGUUGCCUGGCUUGGGGGAGGGGUGUU